AAAAGUUUGAGCCUUGUUCAGAGUCGAAUAUUGACUAUAACGAUUUUGACGACAAAUUACCGAGUUCCUGCCACGCUGAAGCGGCAAGACUCUCUUGGCACUCGUAUCAUGGCCAAGCAAAUUCAUGGCCAGGCCGGUUCAAGACCAGAUCAUCAACAACGUAGACAUUCACCAGCCGCCAUAGCUUGUCCUUCAUCAUCCGUCUUAUCAAUUCUUGCAACUAUCGCUGCUAGCUCGCGAACAGUAGACGGAAGCCCUCUCCCAUCACCGACUCCACCCCCAUCUUUCUUAUGUCCGUCUAUAGAUCAUUUCAAUACUUGCGUCCGUAAUACAACCCCUACAACAUCCUAUAGCAGCUCUUCCACAUCGUCCCCUACGGCUACAGCUAAAUUCACACAACAAGUGGCAGACAAAUACGUUCAAGGGCUUGACGGCCGCUGGCGCAAGGCAUCUGCCUGGACUUUGUAUGGCUCAACAUACUAUGAUUUGUCUUCGGACCUUACACUUGAUGUUUCGCAGUCUACCUCGGUUCUUGUUCCAACCGCUUCCACCCAAAUGGACUCCGUCCUUCCCGCGGGUUGGUCUACAACAUCCCAAACCAAUCGUACCGCAUCCAUUAUCAUCCUCUCACUAGCCAUAGUCUUGGCAGUCUCAAUUUGCAUAUUCAUUAUAAGUUGCAUCGUUUGGAGAAAGAGACGGAAGAAAGCAUCGAAUAGAGAAAAGAAAAAGAAUGACUUGGAACUGAAAGCUCGACAUAAGGCGAACCCGGAAGACCUAUCAGAGGAUGGUGAAAGGGAGAUCGAGGCUCGCGGAAAGAAUCGUUUGUGGGCGAGGGCAAGCGCUCGGUGGAAGGCUAACAUACGACAUUCUGCUCGUCGACGCAGGCGACGUCAGGGCUUGUCUACCAGAAGUCGACCACCAUCUCCCGCAUUAUUGGAUCCUCACGAAGCAUCUACCCACGCCUCCUCCCCAGUCUCAUCACGACAACAUUCAAUAGCAUCUGUCUCCGAAGAUGUGGAUUACCACGCUGCUUCCGAUGAGAAUUCUUCCUAUCCCGCACAACCACCUUCUAUAUCAUCCGACCCAUCUAGUCCAUGCACCGUUUCGUCUCCCCCCGCUUACAUAUUUCCUGCACUGCAUGUGCGUCCUGAGAUCGAAGGUUGUUCUCAGGAGCCUUCGGGUGAUCCCGCAUCACGCCCAGGGUCACUGCUCUUCGGUCAUGACUUUUCACCCGCAGACCAUGACGAUAUUCCUUACCAGCCUAGCUGUGCUGGGCACGUCGCCAUUGAUGAUAAGACUCAUCUCGCCCGUAUGUCGGAGUUGGCUAGCGCGCCUCCCAUAAUUCAGGAUAACACUCGCGGGAGUCCCUCGCAGAUUCAUGAGUCUGCCCCAGAAUGGCAUGAUGAUUUUGAAGACCAACCAGUCACUAUCUCACCCUCCGAAACUUCUCUAUUCGAGGUCGGGGACUCGGGUUUCCCAAAUCCGCCCUCGAAAAGUGUUUUGUCUCCAAGAUACUUUGAUGGGCAUAGCUAUGUGCAAGAUAUCACCGCCUUAGAUCCUAUCUCAUUGCCUUCUAUCCCCCCGUACGAGGCCCGGCCCAACGCUAUUCCCUUUGAGGACACCCUAACGGCUUCGGCUCCUCCAAUAUCGGAGCAUGACAAAUCGUUUGACGAUUGGCAAGGCAGUGCUCCCGAAGCAUCAGAAAUUUAUAGUGAUGAUUGCGACCCUUCUCAGCCCUCGUCGUCUACGUUUAGUUUUCAGGCUUCCGCUCCACCUGAAGAGCAUGUUAUCAUGCACAGCGUACUUCCGAUAUACCAACGCUAGUCAUGGGCUUUUGGUCCACAUUUUUGCGGACAUUUGGAACGUUCGUCUACUGUAUUGUACUAUAUCCCUAAUUGACACACUGUCUUCAUGGACAUUGGCCGAUCUGCGCAUUACAAUGUUGUUGUAAAGUGCUUGUUGCAUUAUAAUUUAUACUUAUCAAACGAAUUAAAGCUUGAGUUUGCACUGCUUCGCGCGCGCUGUUCCUUG